CCAAUAGAAGGCAACAAAUUACCAGUAGAGAGCCACACGGACCAUUAGAGUUUCCACUUCGAACCAAUACACUACACAAUACACAUUAAAACCAUUACAAAUGCUAGGGUUUCUAUUGUUGUUGUUGUUUUGUUUGUUUGUUUGUUUGUUUGUUUGUUUUUUUGCAGAGAUGUAGAGAAAACCUGCACAGAAUCUCCACACAGACAGUAACCUGAGCUCAGGAUUGAUAUGUGAUGCAUUUUUAUUUAUUUUACUCACUCUACAGCCUAAGAGGAUUUUUGGAUUUAUAUUUCUUUAACUAGACAGUCUAUUAAUGCCUUCUGAAUAAACUUUUACACUGGCGUUCAGAGGAUGUCAUGCACCCUUGCACUAAUCUACACUCUUUUGCAACAUGAAACAUGUAUACUCCUUUUCACUAGGAGGCGCUACAGACUCUUAAACACAUAACGACACGCAACCGAAGGAGUACACAAGCAAGAUGGCGACGAGGCGAACGGACAGAACUGCCAGUGUUCUUUCCUCUGUGCUUCUCCAAAUUCUGCUGUAUGCCUCUGCUUUCUACAGCCUCUUCUACUUCCUUUCCAGCCUCUGCAUGAUCAUCUACAAAAGUCAAGUGCUGAGUUACCCUGACAAUUAUCUGGUGCUAGAUGUGUGCUUGCUCUUGCUGAUGGCUGCUUUUGAGAUCUUGAGAGUCUACUGGGGCGUGAGAGGCAACUUGCAGGAGAGCGAGAGAUAUCUCGGUGCCAGUGUCCUCAUCACAGGAGCCACACUUCUGCUCUCAGUGUACUUCCUGGUCUGGCAGUCAUAUGUACUGAGAGCUGAUGUCAUCAUUAACGCCAUCCUGCUCUGCAUCUAUGGCCUCUCUGGAGUAGCCGGCUUCGGAGCCCUUGCACGCUUCACCAGCAUUUACUCAUGACACACUAGGUCUUGUCCUGAUGGUAUAAAUCCAUGUCUACAGCUGCACUUCACCUGACGUGUGGACUUCAUCUUCCAUAAUGCACCAAUGCAGAUCCUUCAUAUCAGCAAAAACACUGGUUUGAAGUAGGAUAAGAGAAUUUAAACUGACAAAAUGGACCUUAACAAAAUCAGUCGGUAUUUUUUGUAGAUUUUUUUUUUUUUUUUUUUUUUUACAGAUGUGGCAGGAAGUUAGGAAACAGAUGUUGAAACAAACCCCAGUCCACAUCAAUCUGUACUUAUAACAGUCAGUCCUUCCAGGAUGUUGUGAUUUUGCCAUCGCAGAAAUGAACGCAAAAUCAAGCAACUCUACAAUAUCCGUAGGAUCUUACAAUUUUGAAAAAUUGCCGCAGAUUUGAGCCGAGACGCGUCAUGUGACGUCAUCCCAACGCGCUUUCAGCUGAAGCCAUCUUCAAUUCAUGUGCAUCGAACAUGAGUACGGCUAAAAGGUUUCAUUUACCAACAAACAUCAGUGCGAAAGCGUGUGCAAAGCAAUUUCGUGCAAUUCAAGUUUUUUCGGGGGGGGGGGGGGGGUGGAGCAUAAAAAUUUCUGCACAUUGCAUCGCAAAUUUUUUUUUUUUUUAAAAAGUCGCCACAAAAUCAAGCAGUUUAGCCGCAACAAUCACAAAAAAAACUGUAUGGACUGAACAAUACAUUUUAUUAUUUUAAAUGAUUUCCUCCCAUUUAUUAGGAUCUCUAUAGCUGCUGCUUACAUGUAAAAAUAUCAGGCUUGCACCUGUAAUGGAUCUACAGCAAACUGACUAGAUACGUGUACCUAAUAACCUGGUAACUCUGUGAAACUUUAUAUGAUGAAAUAAUGCAGUCAUACAGUCUCAUGUUUUUCUUUAAAAAUAUAGAUUUUGAUAAGCGUUUUUAUUUAUUUAUAUUUUUCUUAUAAUAAAGGUGUCUCAAUAAAAAUAAAAAAAAGUUCUUAUAUCCUCAAUGUGAGACUGAACUAAUGAACCUAAUGAAUGUUUUCAUCAACUUUUUCUGUACCAAGGGUGUUAGUAGUUCUGGAGCUGACUUCAUGCACUACUUUAACACAUUUAUAUUUAAAAUAUUUCACCCUGGCUACCAAAUAAAGGUCAAAACAUCCGUCCCUCAGAAAGUUCUUCUGUUAUAAUCAUGCACGUCAUUAUCAUGGUAUAUUUUACAUCGUUUUAGUACCUAGGUGUUUUUACUAACAUUAUGGGAUGGAAUCAUGUCACCAUUGUUCAGUUUUUGAUAGGUAUUUUAGUGUUUUAAGUUUGUCCACUAGAGGGAGUGUGUAUAUUUUAAUUGAGAUGAGGACAUGACUGUUGUAGCCUUACUCUAUUUGUGUUAGAUGAUAGGUCUCUUUGUGCCAAUGACCCAACCAACACCAUUUCAAUCAGUUUGAACAUUUUUUUUUAGUAGUUCAGUGGUACAUUUGAACUUUACAGUGAUCUAUUUGAGUUUACAGUCAGCUCAGUCAGUUUAAAAGGUUAUUGUAUGAAGUUUAUUUAUAAUGCAAAACCAUCAUUACAAAAUGUCAUGGGGCUGUAGUUAUAAUACCUGUGGGUAUUAUAGUAAUAGUUACAUAAAAGUUAUUACACUUGGGUUGUUGUUUUUUUUUGUGUGUGUGAACAAACACUAAAACUUAAUGGCUGGUAAAAAUUCAGCCAAAACCAGUCUUCAAAAUGAAUAAACUCAGUGAUUUUUCUGUCAUUAGCAUUUCAGAGCAUUUGUGCAUAUGAAAGCGGAAGCCAGAUUGUUUGUGAAAGUAUUGGAAAGAAUGCAUGUCUUGUCUGUUACAGAAAUAGAAGAAACGUCUGUCCUUAUUAGGCAUGAUGAUCUUUGUGUACGUGUGUUUUAAGAGAACUGGGGGGGAAAAAAGGAAAGAAAUCAAAGUGCUUUUUGUUGUCCUCAAAAAAGGGAGGACGGAGGCUUUCGUGCUGAUGUCAGCCUUGGCAACCGGUGAUAUCCAAACCAGGGCCCUGUUCCACCACGCUGCUCCUUUCUCAUUCUGUUCUUUGAAGCUGCCUCUCCCUGACCAUACUGAAUUACACACCUGGCUGAAACAGGUGCUGCUCUGAUAGGUGGCCAGAUGGAAAUCCUUCAAGUAAACAAAUACGCAACUAUUGAAAUUUACUCUCUCUUUUUUU